AGGCAGUCCUAGUCUGACCUCCAAACACCAAGGAACACAACUUUUUUUUAAAAAUAGCUUCAUUAUUUUGUGCUGUUUAGGUCAGCCUCCUCCUUGACUCCAUCACUCCUUUUGGACUAUUUACCUUUUUUUUUUUUUUUUUUUGAUCCGGAGGAGAGACAUCUGUAGACCAGGACCACCAACAAGAAGGUCCUCCCGUCUGCUGCACCCAUGCUGUAGUUUUUGCUUCUCUUUUUGCUUCCAGUCGCCAUUUGCAGACUGAGUUUCUGCAGGGGGUUUUUUGGCUCCCCCGCCCCACUCCCGGCGCCACCCCCUUCCUCCCCGGCGCUUGCGGGCCCACAUUCGGAUGCGCUGAGCCGAGCCUGCACCGUACGGUCCACGCACGCGGUGUAUGGAAGUGGUGGGCUGCAAGGCAGAGGCGGCCAGUUGCAAGUUGCGUCCGGGACCGGGAGCCAUGCUUUUCCACGGGAUCUCCGGGGAUCACAUCCAAGGGAUCAUGGAGGAGAUGGAGAGACGGUCCAAGUCGGAGUCUCGCCUGGCCAAGAGCAUGCAGCUCAACGGGAGAGAGACGACCAUGCCCUCCAUGAGCCCGGAGAAGCCCGCACUGUGUGCCGGCUGUGGGGGCAAGAUCUCGGACAGAUACUACCUCCUGGCUGUGGACAAGCAGUGGCACCUGCGCUGUCUCAAAUGCUGUGAAUGUAAACUCGCGCUGGAAUCGGAGCUAACGUGUUUUGCAAAGGACGGGAGCAUCUACUGCAAGGAGGAUUACUACAGGUUCUCGGUGCAGAGGUGCGCGCGCUGCCACUUGGGGAUUUCCGCCUCGGAGAUGGUGAUGCGCGCGAGAGACUCUGUGUACCACCUGAGCUGCUUCACGUGCACCACGUGCAACAAGACCCUCACCACCGGCGACCACUUCGGCAUGAAGGACAGCCUGGUCUACUGCCGCCUCCACUUCGAGAGCUUGGUGCAGGGAGCCGACUACCACCCCCAGCUCAACUUCGCCGAGCUGGCGGCCAAGGGCGGCGGCCUAGGCCUGCCCUACUUCAACGGCACCGGCACCGGCACGGCGCAGAAGGGCCGACCGCGGAAGAGGAAGAGCCCCGCCAUGGGCUUGGAUUUACCCAGCUAUAACACGGGCUGCAACGAGAACGACACGGACCAUUUGGACCGGGACCAGCAGGCCUACCCGCCAACACAGAAAACCAAGCGCAUGCGGACCUCCUUCAAGCACCACCAGCUGCGGACAAUGAAAUCCUACUUUGCCAUCAACCACAACCCGGACGCUAAGGACCUAAAGCAGCUGGCCCAGAAGACGGGCCUGACUAAGAGAGUUCUGCAGGUUUGGUUCCAAAACGCGAGAGCCAAAUUCAGAAGGAACGUUUUACGACAGGAGAACGGAGGUGUUGAUAAGGCUGACGGCACCUCGCUCCCUCCGCCCUCAUCCGACAGUGGGGCCCUGACCCCCCCCUCCAGCGCGGCCACACUAACAGACCUGACAAACCCCUCGAUUACCGUAGUGACGUCCGUCACCUCUAGUUUGGACAGCCACGACUCGGGGAGCCCCUCACAAACUACCUUGACAAACCUUUUCUAACAAGCGAACAGACUGCUUUCAUUUUUGCCUUUUUUUUUUCUUUUCUUUCUUCUUCAUUUUUCCCUGAUUGACACCUUUAAAACAAGCGCAGGCGGCACCAUGGAAGCCAGCGUGCCGUACUGUUUUCACGCAAACAGGAAGAACAACAAGAAGACCACAAUUUCAAAACAAAAUGUGUAGCUUUUGACAACAGUUUGCAGUCACUGACUUUGGAAUGGACUUAAAACAAACGUUGGAAGAACAAUAACUCAAAACCUGGAAAGUAGUAUCCUUUAUUUGUACAUUUGUAUUGAUUAUGAUCAAUUGAGCCCUUCCUGGUUAAUUGGUGACUUUUGCUCUCGGAAACCUGUACUUGUAUGCACUGUGUUGGCACUAAUUAGAUUUUCUUAAUGUCAUUGGGAAACAAACUUGUAGAAUGUUCUGUAUAGGAAUCGAUCCACUAAACAGGCUUUAAUUCUCUUUUUGAAUGUCCAAUCCCGCCAAGAUCCCAAUUGGAUUCCUCACGCGACCGAACUUUCGUACUCGAUUACCACGAUUUUUGGAACGAUCUUACAUUCUGGUACGGUAAUAACAUUCACAUUAUGACUGGAGAGCGGAUUAUGUCAUCCAGGGGUGUCCAAACUCUUUCCAGCCAGGGUCGCAUCAGAAAGAUUCAAUGAUUUUGAUAAUUUUUUUACAUUACAGAUGCUAACAUAUAUUGCGUGUAGGCCAAUAUAUAUUAGCUUUGUGUUAUAGCGCUCAACGUUUGUAUGGGAAAAUAAGAGAAAUGACCCUUAAUUAUUUGCUACAUCGACAUCUUAGCUUUGUUUUAGAGCAGUGGUUCUCAAACCUUUUUCACAAAAGUACCACCUCAGAAAACCAUAAUGACCAACAUUAAAACACAAAGGCGUAGUAGGCAUAAGUGUUCUUAAAAAAAUAAGGCAUAUGUUUUAUUUAACAAGUGUAUUUAAUAUUUUUGGCCACUGUAACAGUACAUACAGUUUAAAGAAUAACACUGUGUUUGAAUAUACAGGAAAAGAAAACUGUUUAAUUAUAAUUAAUUUAAGCCUGUAUACCACUAGUGGUAUCCGUGCCACCGUUGGAGAAUCACUGUUUUCGAGAAUUACCUGUCAUUUGUAAAAAAAAAAAAAAAAAGGAUAUUUCCCAGGAUUUUUGGUCUUUUUUCAUCAGCAUUCCCUCGGGAUGCAAAUAUAGACUGUAUCCUACUUUGUCAUCUUAGCUUUAUGUUGUAGACAUACCUGUCAUUCUUGGCAUUUUCUAUUAAUAAUUAAAAAAGAAUGGGUAAUUAAAGAAGUGUCCCUUAAUGUUAGAAUACAUGCUACAUAGACAUACCUGUUAAUAUUUGCAUUGGAAAAUGAGGCCAGAAAAUUUGGCAAAUUUUAUUGAAAAAUAAGUAUAAGAAGAAGAAGAAUAUCUUAAUAAUAGCUUUGUUUCAGAGGCAUAUCUGUGAACAUUUCUAUUUGUAAAUAAAGGCCAUUUUCCUUGAAAAAAAUUAAUUACCAGAAAAUUUGGCCAAUUUUCUUUGAAAAAGUGGGAAAAUUAGGGAAAUUGCAAAUCUUCUGGGACUAAAUAUCUAUUUUAACAUCCAAGCUAUGUUUUAUAAGCAUAUCUGACAACAUUUCUAUUUGUAAGAAAAAAAGGACAUUUUCCAGAAAGAAAAAAAAAACUAACUGAAAAUUUGCCAAAUUUUCCUCCCCAAAAAGGAAAAAAAAAAUAAACAGGGAAAUUGUAUGUAUAUAUGCUAUAUUUACAGAUAUACAUACAGUAUAUCUGUCAACAUUUGCAUUCGGAAACAAGGCCAAUAUUCCAGAAAGUAAGCCAAAAUUACCAGGGCAGUAAGAAAGUUAGACUAUGGGAAAUUUAGGGGAAACUAUUGAAGCAAAAUAAGAAAAUAAGCAACCCCCGUGUGAUAUAAGAAUAUCUGCUACAUGGAAAUCUUUGUUUUCUUUUCAAAGUAUACCUGUAAACAUUUGCAUUUGUUAAAAAAAGUAAAAUUUCCAGGAAAUAAGGGACAUAUUUGCAGGAAAUAGUAAUAAUAAUACAUGAGAUAUAUAUAGUGCUUUUCUACACACUCAAAGUGCUUCACAGAGAAGUGAGAAUCCAUGACUCCUUGACUGUACAUUCACACAUUGUUGGUGGAAAGCUACAUUUGUAACCACAGCUUUCCUGGAGUAUAUUGAAGGAUUUUUAUGUUUACAAUUGAAAAUAAGGGGUUUUGGGUGGUGAAAGUUUGACUUUGGGAAAUUCACGGGAAACUAUACAAACAACAUAAGGGACAUCUUACGGGAAAAAUAAGGGAAAUUUCACGGGAAAUAAGGGACAUUUCUACGAAAAAUAGGGGAAAUAUAACGGAAAAUAAGGUAAAUUUGACUGAAAAUGAGAUACAUUUUAUGGGAAAAAGGGGAUUUUUUACAGGAUAUAAGGGAAAUUGCCCAUAAUCAACCUCUUCUGUGACAUAAGAAUAUCUGCAAGAUUGACAUCUUUGCUUUUUAUAUGUUAACAUUUGUAUGAGUAAAACAUGUACUUUUUUUGUGGAAAAAAGGUGGGUUAUGUGAGAAAAAAAUUCCCAUCCAUUUCCUACCGCUUGUCCCUUUUGGCAGGGCCAAUACGAUUCACACUCACAUUCACACACUAGUUCCCACCAUCAGAUAAUUAUUAUUGUGUUUGUGGAGGAGGGGACAAUGAAUAAUGUAUGAGAAACUAUUUAAACAAAAUAAAUAUUUGUCUUUUCCAUCAUCGGAGAGGUUUUAUUUGGAGGCAGAGCCGUGCCACCGGUGAUACGCGGGCACCAUUAGUGGUAUGUCAAAUAAUCACUCAUUAAAUUUAUGACACAUUGUUACUGUUCAAACUGUUUGUAAUGUUACAGUGGCCAAAAUAUUAAAUACACUUGUUAAAUAAAACCUCUGACUUGUUUUUUAUGAAUACUUGGGCCUACCACGCGGCAGUAUUUUAAUGUUGGUCAAUAUGGUGGUACUUGGAGACCCCAAAUUUUUCUGAGGUGGUACUUGGUGAAAAAGUGUGGUCUAAAAAUAAGGGAAAUUGUUUGAAAAAGUGAAAUUGUAGUCUUUUCUACUAUCGGAAAUAAUCAUAAUUUUUUUUUAUAUUUUUACACGUUGCAAAAGAGAAAGGGGCCUCACUUUGGACACCCCUGAUGCAACCAACCGCCUCCUGAUGUUUUGUUGUCCUGGUCGAUGAAUCGCAGUAAACAAAGUAAACACAACGCCCCGUGAACAAGUGCAUUAUUGUUUAAUCGUGUUGCUCAGGGUGAUGAUUUUUUUUUUCCAAGGUAAAAAAAAAAAAAACCUUGAAGUGAGAUACGUCGGUGGACUUGUAAAGACAGGUGUCCAUGUUUUUACUGUCAUUUUAUUUGAAUGACACUUAUUACCAGACCAGACCAAAAAAAAAAACAACAACAUACAAGUUUCCUUUGGCUGAAAGGUAGUAGGAAAAAGCAAAUUGUUCUGUCGUAGAACAAAGUGGUACUUAAGUCUACCUGAGGGAGUGGAUGCCUAACUCAGUUCUACUAUGUGCCUUAUGCGAGAACUUGGGAAAAGUUUGUGAAAUUCAGGAUUCUCCGUGUUCUUUGUUAACUGAUCCACACCCUUUGGACGCCUCACUAGUUUUGUACUGUUUUGCAUCUUAUUUUCAAAGAUCUUUUUAUGGUGUAUCCUGUUUGUGGCGGGUGGGGCUGGGGGAGGGGGGAGCAGCUAUGUCAUAGAAAGCAUUUGUGCACUCUUUCAGAUAUAGUUCCAAGAAGCUUAUAUAUUGAUCUUGGUGUUAAUAGUUGAGUACAGUACGUGUUCUAUCAAGAUUGUCCAUGUUUUCCUGUUUCUUGAUAAAGAUGGUGUAUAGAAACUAUUUCCCCUUAAAUAUUUAUGGACCAAACCGGUUGUUAUAUAUCUUAUUCAAUUUGUGUGAAUAAAAAAAAAUACUUUGAUUUAAAAGGCUUUUUAUUUUGAUUUGUUUUGUGUGUUUGUGUGUUCCUCCUUAUAAAAGUCGCAUCGACAACAGGCGAGCGAGCGCAACAGUUCCUUAUUUUUGCUCCCAUUUUUAAUCUGUAGUCCCCCUUUUAUGAUGUUUUUUGACGUAAUGCCCCACGGAUUUGCAUCCAAACCCUGCAAAUUUCAACCUGCUCUUUAAUGCAUGAUGGAUUUGAGUGGCCAGAACGCUGCAAAGCACAUAUCUAACGUUUGUAUAUCAUGGCAAAGCCCGUAAAGCCAGGUUGCUCUGGAGUUAAUAUAUUCUUACUCUAUCAU